AUGUCCAACACAUCGGUUCCCACAUUAGCCUAUUUCAAGAUUCGCGGUAGGGCUCAACCCAUACGACUGAUGCUGGCGUAUAAGGGCGUGAAAUUCACCGACAAAUACUACGAGGAAGAGUUUAAAGUGGAAUGGUUUAAAGAAAAAUUCACCCUGGGUUUUGACUUUCCCAACCUGCCAUAUUACAUCGAUGGCUCUAAGAAACUGACCCACACUAAAGCCAUUAUGCGACACUUGGCCCGAAAGCACGGACUCGUGGCCACCGACGAGACCGGACUCGAGCGCCAGGAUAUGAUAGAGGAACAGAUGACGGACAUUAUUGCUGAAUUUUCUAUGGUCUUGUUUACCCCGAGCUUUGAAACUGCAAAAGUCAAAUAUAUAGCCGAAACACUACCCAAACAGUUGGACGCUUUGUCCCAGUUUUUGGGUACCCGUCAGUGGUUUACCGGUAAUCACAUUAAUUAUGUAGACUUCUGGGCGUACGAAAUGCUUGAUUGGUUCCGAAUCUUUAGUCCCGAAACUGUCGAUAAGUACCAGAAUUUGGUUCAAUUGUUGACCCGUUUUGAGAGUUUACCGGCGAUUAAGGCAUACAUGAAAUCACCGGAGUUUAUAAGUUGA